AGAUGAGUGAGUCAUCUCCAGUACGUCUGCUGCUGCCUACGAUGCUGCCGCUACUUCGAGUACUCCUGAUAGCUGUACUCCGUGGAGCAUACCAGGGAGAAUACCUCCCACCGCCCGUCCUCCUUCCUGAGUACGACUUCAUCAUCGUGGGUGGAGGUACAGCAGGUUGCGUGCUGGCCUCCAGGCUGUCGGAGGUAGCGUCGUGGAGGGUGCUGCUGCUGGAGGCCGGGGGGGCGCCGCCCCCGGAGAGUCUAGUGCCAGGACUCAGCAGGGUUUUCUACUUCCCCAGCGAAAGCAACUGGAACUUCCGCCUCCACCCUCAGCGCUAUGCUCUGAGGAGCUAUACUAACAGGAGUAGUCCAGUACCUCAGGGUAGAGUACUGGGAGGGUCGUCAACCAUCAACGGGAUGCUGUACGUCAGGGGCAAUAGGCGAGACUACGACUACUGGGCCUCGAUGGGACUACCUGGCUGGGACUACCAGUCGGUCCUGCCUUUCUUCAAGAAGGCUGAGAGCUACAGGGGAACUCUUAGAGGUGACACGGAGAACUACCAUGGACGGGAGGGUCCCUUACCUGUCACACCUGAUCCAGGCAACCAUGGUGUGACAAGUGUCUUCCUGAAGGCUGGUCAACACCUGGGCUUCCCCGUCAUCGACCCCAGCGGACCUGAACAGAUAGGGUUCUCUAGAACAGAGUACACCAUCAAGAACGGAGAACGCUGGCACACCGCCCGGGCCUACCUGGCUCCCGUUACCAACAGGAUAAACCUGCACGUGGUAACAGGUGCCACUGUUUUGAAGGUGAUCAUGAACGGAGAGAAGAGAGCAGUAGGGGUCAAAUUCCUGUACCAUGGCAAGGUGAAGAAGGUGUCAGCACGGAGGGAAGUGCUGCUAUCAGCAGGAGCGCUGUCGUCGCCCAAGCUACUGAUGCUGUCAGGAAUCGGACAUCGGCUCCACCUACAGGAACACGGGGUGAAGGUGGUAACUGACCUGCCAGGUGUAGGUCAGAACCUGCAGGAUCAUAUGUGUCUCUACGGACUCAGCUGGAACCUGCCGCGUCUCUCUGAGAAUAAUAUCCUAGGUGCCAUUGACCCGGCCAUGCUCAGUAAUUAUGUCCACCACCGCUCAGGAACGUACGCCACGCCCCUGGGUGACUUCGCGCACGGCUGGGCACGGGUGCACGGCUACGAAGACCAGAACUGGCCUGACGUGCAGCUCUUUAUGAUCUCGUCUGGUCUAGCGCAGGAAGGUCUGCUGGCAGCCUCUGCUCUGGGUCUGGACACCAGGCCACUGGAGGCGUGUUCCGACACGAAGUUCGGCAGUGACGCUUACUGGCGCUGCUUUGUGUUACACAUGGCUACCACCUUCUAUCACUUUGCUGGCACCUGCAAGAUGGGACCAGAUGCUGAUCCUUUUAGUGUAUUGGAUCAUAACCUCAAGGUGCGUGGUGUGUCUGGCUUGAGGGUAGUGGACGCUUCUGUCAUGCCCGUGGUUGUGUCGGGCAACCCUAUGGCUGCCAUCAUCAUGAUAGCCGAGAAGGCUGCCCACCUCCUUAAACAUGAGUGGGGAGCAACAGAUUAAACGAGGACGUUCUUCAGGCAUGGCUACGAAUCAACAGGUUAAACGAGGAUGUUCUUCAGGCAUGGCUACGAAUCAACAGGUUAAACGAGGAUGUUCUUCAGGCAUGCUACGAAUCAACAGGUUAAACGAGGAUGUUCUUCAGGCAUGGCUACGAAUCAACAGGUUAAACGAGGAUGUUCUUCAGGCAUGGCUACGAAUCAACAGGUUAAACGAGGAUGUUUUUCAGGCAUGGCUACGAAUCAACAGGUUAAACGAGGACGCUUCCAUCUACCUCCUUUCCUACCUUCCCUCUUUCACACGGUGUUCAGUGCAACCUUUGUGUGUAUGUCUGGGAAAUAGUCUAGCCUUGAAGCUUCGUAUGGAUGGAUUUCUCAAUAACACACAAACACACACACACACACACACACACACACACACACACACACACACACACACACACACACACACACACACACACACACACACACACACACACACACACACACUAGCCUGUAUUACCUUACCAGGGAAUCGAGCCCGUGACCUUGUUACUUGUGACUUGAAUACUCUAUUACACCGAGUUAUGAAGGCUGGUUUAUCAGGUUUAAACCCUAUCAACUACACGACGAAAGGUGUCUUCAAUAGAAAUUAAAUUAAUAUAACCUAAAUUAACAUUAAAAUGAAACAUAACUGGAAAAUUCUCAACAUUUUAACAUCUCUUGAUUAACAUGUUAUGUUUAAGCUGUCACAUUCUUUGUGUUUUACACACCAAAAUCUUCUUGGGUAAAAUGUCACUGUAUGAAGAUAGAGACAAGCUGCAGCACAAGCUAAGAUCUGGGCUACGUUUCUCUCUGUGUAGAGCUUCAUCAAGCCUCGAUGAAGCUCUACAGAGAGUGAAACGUUGUCCAGGUAAGAGCUUCUUCUUUAACUUGUGUCCUUCUUUUUUUUCACCAAAAUGCUCUUACGUAACUUAUCAACUUUAGUAUAUGUGAUAUUGAGAGAUCAAUCCAUUAAAGCCAAAUACUAUAGACCUAAGUUUGCCUGGAAUCUGGUAUGCCUAUAGCUCAAUGGGUGAACGUUAGUGGGUCACUUUCUAAAUUCAUUUGCACUCCUAUUGUAUAUAUAUUUAUAUUAUAGAUGUUAGGUUCGUUAUCCUAAACUUCAAUGUGUAUAUACAGAAAACUUCCUCUAUUGUAUAUAAAUUCUCUAUGUAUAUAAUUAACUUCAAAAUGAGUACAUCAUUUUUUUUACCAAAUCAUCCUCAUUUUAGUGUUAUCACUGCCAUGAUGUGUAAAGUUAUCUUUGUCAUCAACAUAAUCUCACAUUUCAGGUUUCUAAUAGCAGUAUUCUGAGUAGGUAGGUGUUAGAUAGAUCUUAAUUACUUCUCGGGAAACUGAUGUCAGUGCUUAUGGCAUCUGAGUAACAGGAACUGUAGGGCCCUAUACGGUACGAGCUGCCACAGCCCUUUAAGCCAACAAUAACGACACUGGGUUAUAAAGGGCUCAUACAGCACGAGUUGUCAUAGCCCUUAAAAUCAACAAUAACAAAACUGGGUUAUAUAGGGUUCAUACACCAUAAACCGUCAUAGUCCUUAAGAUCAACAGUAACAACAAUGAGAUUAAACAUAUAGUACAGCAUCUUGAAUAACGUCGUUUCGUUAUAACGUUGGUAAGAUAAUCAUACAAAUGUAUAAUAAAUGAAAGCGCUCAACGAGGCCACCAUAUUUGUUAUUGUUUGCAGAACAAGCCAUGGAUGGAAAUCCUUAGCUCAAGAUCUUUCUUACUCUCCAUGCGUCGUUAGGAGCAAUGCAAUGUUGCAAAGCUACCAACAGAUAGGAGGAAAAAUACUCUGAGACAAGGCAGAAGCGUAAAGCGUAAGGCCACGUUACAUGGCUUAAAGUAGCAGUUUCCAAGAACCUAUCGACGACAUUAAGUGAGAAUUUACUCUACUCGUUUACUGUGUAAGGUGUCAGUAGCCCUAUAAAAACUCAACAGGAAGAUACACUUGCUCCUCCCUCAGAUGUUCACAUUCUUUAUCAUUUUCCAACUUCUACAUUUCAAUAUAACGUUUUUGUCAACUAAGAAUUCAGUAUUAGAGCCAAAAAGAUUACGCUACUUCACGAACUGAUUAUAGUUGUCUGGUUUCUGUUUUACAAGGAUGUGGUAUCUGAAGUGUGGCUUCUCAAACUUUCCUCCAAUAGAGUGGAGAAAGUAGGUCAAUACAGUGUGUCUUGAAAUUACUGGAAAAACUGGUGCAUGAUUGUGCCUCCACCAGUCGCCUUUUUUUUUUUUUUGUAUUGACUGGCCCACAAGGCUUUAGCGCCCCACAUAAAGGAUGUCCUCCAUGGUUCUUGCUGUAAAUAUUGUCUGGUCAUGGUGGAGUUUUCCCAGCAUGUACUACUGUAUUUUAGCCUAGUCUUCCCUCGGCCUCUAUUAAUAAGACACAUGUACAAGAGUUAGGUAUCUUUAAUCCAUAAUUUUUCAGAAUAGAUUCCUAACUACUGCACAUGUGUCUUACUUAUCAAUUUACCGGUAUUGUAUACCAUUAUUAUAUUCCCUCGGCGUCUAACAAAUGAAAAAAUCUCAUCUUAGAUUACAAUAUUCCCCCCUAUCAUUCAUUCUCAG